GUGCGGUGGAGGCGAGGAAGCCGCUUGGAACCCCACGUUCCCCCGCCUCACCGAAUGUAACUUGGAGGGAGCGGAGCGACUUCCUGGCGUGCUGGUGGCCUUGGCGUUUUGGCUACUCACUGUCAAGACUCUGUAGUUUGGAAAGAACGAGCGUUUUUUUCUUACAGGAAGACUUAACAAGAGGAAAAUGUCUGUUUUCCCUAAAAUAUCUUUGAGACCUGAGGUUGAACAUUACCUUAAAGAGAGCUUUUUGAAUAAGGAGGUUGUAUCUACUUCAGGUAAACAAGAAGCAGAAAAGAAGUUUGAAACCCUUUUAAAUCACCUGUCGCACCCUCCAUCAUUCACAACAGUUAGAGUGAAUACACAUCUAGCCUCCAUACAGUGUGUGAAAAAUCUGUUACAUGAUGAACUUCAGAAGCAGUUUAAUGGAUUAAGUAUCCCUGUCUUUCAACACCCAGACCUCCAGGAUGUCUUACUUAUUCCAGUUGUUGGACCUAGAAAGAAUAUAAAAAAACAACAUUGUGAAGUUGUUGUUGGAGCACAGUGUGGCAAUGCAGUGUUAAGAGGAGCCCACAUCUAUGUUCCAGGAAUUGUGGCAGCUUCAAAAUUUAUGAAAGCUGGAGAUGUUGUUUCCGUAUACUCUGAUAUUAAAGGAGAAUGUAAGAAAGGGGCCAAAGAAUUUGAUGGAACAAAAAUAUUUCUUGGAAAUGGGAUUUCUGAACUAAGCCGUAGAGAAAUCUUCAAUGGGCUGCCUGAACUAAAAGGAAUAGGGAUAAGAAUGACAGAACCAGUAUAUCUCAGCCCUUCAUUUGAUAAUGUACUAUCCAGUUACUUAUAUUUACAGAAUUUGCCAUCUGCUGUAGUAACUCAUGUGCUAAAUCCUCAACCUGGAGAGAAAAUUCUAGACUUGUGUGCAGCACCUGGAGGCAAAACAACACACAUUGCAGCACUUAUGCAUGAUCAGGGAGAAGUAAUAGCACUGGAUAAAAUAUCCAAUAAAGUAGAAAAAAUAAAGCAGAAUGCUUUAUUGUUGGGACUGAAUUCCAUCAGGGCAUUUUGCUUUGAUGGAACAAAGGCGCUUAAACUUGAUAUGAGCCAGGAUACAGAAGGGGAACCUCCAUUCUUACCAGAAUCUUUUGAUCGCAUUCUUCUUGAUGCACCCUGUAGUGGAAUGGGACAGAGACCUAACAUGGCUUGUACUUGGACACUGAAGGAAGUAACAUCAUAUCAACCAUUACAGCGAAAACUCUUUACUGUGGCAGUUCAGCUGCUGAAGCCAGGGGGUGUGCUGGUGUACAGCACGUGCACGGUGACACUGGCAGAAAAUGAAGAGCAAGUCGCCUGGGCCCUCGCCACAUUUCCUUGCCUUCAGCUUCAGCCCCAGGAACCCCUAAUUGGAGGAGAAGGAAUGGUGGGAGCUGGCCUAUCAUUAGAACAAUUGAAACAGCUGCAGCGAUUUGAUCCAUCUGUUGUGCCAUUGCAGGACACUGACAUUGAUUCCUUUAAAAACGCCAGAAUGGAAGACAUGAUUUGGCUGGCAAAUAAGGAUUGUAUUGGUUUUUUUAUUGCAAAGUUUGUAAAAUGCAAAAACACAUAGAAGGAUCUUCCGAAAUCAAAAUGUCAAGCAUUUGCUGUCAUCUUUUUUUGUCCCACAGUGUUGGGCCAACUGAAUGAUGGAAUGGUUGCUCAGGAAACAGAAAGGCUGCCAGUGGUUUCACCAGGGAUGAAGAACACAGUGGGGGGUGCUAUAGGGUUACAUUCUGUGUUUUUAAGAGAAAUUUUUCAUCCUGGAUUAAGAACAGUAUAAUGAAAAGGAGAUGCCUAUAGAUGCCUGGAACAUUCUCUUUUGGGCUCUUGUGUUUUAAACUGUGAAGAAUAUACAUAGUUUUUAAUGUUAAAAUUAUUGAAUCUCAUAAAGGAAUGAAAUAACAAUAUUUAAUGCUUAUAAAAAUAAUUGUUUUCUAUUCCCAAGUUCUGAAAUUGUAUUUCUUUAAGAAUUCAGGCCCCGGGAAGUCUUAACUUUUUUCAUUUGCCAAUAACUGUGUUAAGUGUUUUGCUUGACUUUCUCUGCCUAUUUUCUAAAUCAACUUAAAAAAAAAAAUUAUUUACUUGAGUUACACAGAGAGGAGAGGCACAGAGAGAGGUUUUCCAUCUGCUGGUUCACUCCCCAAUUGGCUGGAGCUGCACCGAUCCAAAGCCAGGAGCUUCUUCCAGGUCUCCCAUGCAUGUGCGGGGGCCCACAGACUUGGGCUGUUCUGCUUUCCCAGGCCAUAGCAGAGAGCUGGAUGGGAAGUGGAGCAGCCGGCACUGCAAGAGGUGUCUUUACCUGCUACACCACAGCGCCAGCCCCUAAAUCAACACUUUGAAGGGAAGUUUAGAUCUCUUCAUUGUAUAGUCUGCUUUCUUUAUAUUCAAUUUUUAUCCUGAUUUUAAACUGAAAAGUAAAUGGAGUAUUUUUUACUUUAUAGAUUUUUAAAAAAAAUAAGACUAUUCCACAAUCUGGGUAAUUUUUAUCAUCUACUAGAGCACAUAUUAUGCAAGUGAUGAGAAAACCAGCUUCUGCCAGCUGGGAACUGGCUUGUCCCUUCCAUCUGGGGCUUGCUGUUAUUCUACUUAGCACAGUUUUGCAAGACACCCAAGUCAUACAGGGCCCCUGUGCCUGUGAUAGAUUAAGACCAAAAAAGGUCAUUUCAUAAUCAAGUCUGAAUUUAGCCAAAAGUUAGACCACUGUAUGAAAUGCAAGAAUGACCAAACAUCCCCUUAGAGUGGCCAAUGUGACUGCUUUUAUUUAUUUUUUUUAAAUACAGGCCUGGGCUUCCUUUAUUCUAUUUACUUUCCAGAUAAGAAUCUAUUGAAUUACUUAUUAUUUAGUUGUAGUUUGUAGUCUUUCAUAUGGGGUUAAACACCUCAAACAGGUUAGCUUUCAUUCAGAUAAUCCAGUAAUUAAAAGGACAACAGUAAACAACUGCCUGAUAGCUUAUUUUCUUCCUCAUAGGUUUCUUUUGGGAAGUUCCUCCUAACUUUAUUCCAUUAGUAAUGGUUAGAGGGUCUCUUGGAUCAGGUAAGAUCUUUAAAUGGGCUCUUAUUUGAAGAAGCCUUUUGGAUCCCCUUUCUCUGCGGUUGGUCAGGCACUUUUUUCUCUGUAUAUCUCAAGGUUGCAUGUCUGUUCUCACGGUAUUUAACACACUGUCAUUCUAGUUUACUAGCCAUGCCCCUAAAUGAACCUCACACUUGGGAAACAUCCUGUGGGCAGAGACCUUAUGUUUUCUUUCUGUCACUGCUUCAGAGCAGAUAAUCAUGUACUUUAAUCUUGGGGGAACUUAAAAUAACUUUUCUCUAAGUACUGACUGACUCUAAAUUUGCCAGUCUGCCUUUUGUCCAGGAAACGUCAUUUGACUGAGAGAAACACUAUUUACCUAUGGUAUUUUUGUUUCCAGGGGUCAGCGUACCUCCUCAGACUUUUAAACAACUCCACAAAACACAUUUGUUAUUCAUGCUCACUGCUAAGCUAGGAUAAAAAUGGGUGAAAAUGAGCCUUAGAACAAACUCGUACUGUUGUAAAUUACUGAUGCCAGCAAAAUAGCAGAAAACUUUGCAUAUUAAAAAUGGGAAGGACGGGGGUGGGGGGGGGGUUGCGGCGCGGCGCCAUGGCUCACUUGGUUAAUCCUCCACCGGAUUCUAGUCCUGGUUGCUCCUCUUCCAGUCCAGCUCUCUGCUGUGGCCCAGGAGGGCAGUGGAGGAUGGGCCAAGUCCUUGGGCACCUGCUCCCACAUGGGAGACCAGGAAGAAGCACCUGGCUUUGGAUCAGAUCGGCACGGCGCCCAUUUGGGGAGUGAACCAACGGAAGGAAGACCUUUGUCUCUCUCUCUCAUUGUCUCUUAUCUGUCAAAUAAAAAAAAAAAAUGGGAAGGCCGAACAAUUUUCAGUGGAUUUAUUCCUUUUGAAAAAUUAUGCAAAGUGGAAAAGAAAGCACAUGUGUGGGGGUGGGCUUUUAGUUAAGACAAGAUGCCUGCCAAUAUCAGUGUCAGAGUAUCUGGGUUUGAUACUUGGCUCUGGCUUCUGAUUCCAGCUUCUUGUUAAUGCAGAUCCUGGGAGGCAGCAGAUGACAGGUCAAGUAGUUGAGUUCCUGUCACUCGUGGGGGAUCUGGAUUGACUUCCCAGUUCCAGCUCUGCACAGCCCUGGCCUUUGUCAAAGUGAACCGGUCCCCACCACCACAUCUCUCUCUCAAAUUAAAAAAAAAAAAAAGUAACAAUCUUAAAGGAUAUAAACAUAUAAAGAAAAAA